GAUGAUCAUAAUGAAUAGGAUUACUCCCGGUUAGGGUCAGUCCCAGGACGGGUCAUGUGAUCAUUUUUCACCUUUAUAUCAUGUCUGUUAUAGUCACUGUCACAACCUACUGGUUGUUGAUCCUGCUACCAUUCAAAUAUCUUAGUAACCCCUGUCUCUUUCGUCAUUCGCAGCUCGCGUAUCAUCUCCCUGGUGUGUGCUCAUUGCGUGGCUGCUCGACACACGUUCACCGUGACCAUUCGUAUUGUUGUCCUGCUUAUCCCCUUCGGCCUGCUGUAUCCUACAAUAAUCUGUGCUCGGUCAGUGCUCUGUCCGAUACACGAUUAACACCUUGCGCUAGCUGCUAUAGGAUAUGCAAACUACAUGAAUACACCCAACUCUGCUGGCAUGGAACAAAAUUGCAUGUUGAUAUCGAUACCGUGACUGUACAGCCGGGCCCGGGACAACUGCUCUCCAGUCAGCAACGCUUGCUACACCAACUCCUGACGCUAACGUUUUUCUGAGGUGUAUUCUUGUAAAUUCCUGCCAUCUUGGAUCAAAAUUUUAAAAACCA